UUGUCCCGAUUCAUUUUCCGUACCUGAGGGGCGUGGCUUCUGCGGUUGUAAACAACAUGGAUGACUCGUGUAGUAAACAAACAGAGAAGGAUAAGAAACAAUCUGUAAACAUUAUAUCUGAGGCGUCAAAGUUUGCUGAUGAACACCUUACUCUUAUCCGGAGCAUCAGCACAUGUCUCGGUGUAGUCGGUGUGAUUGUAAUAGCAAGGAGCAUCAGGCUGAUGACCAAAUUCUGCUCUCCGUCUGAAAUCCCGUCUCGCUUCAUUGAGAAAAACGUCAGCCUUAGAGGAAAAGUCAGAAGUGUAACAGAAAGAGGGCUAGAAGUGGAACACGUCCCGAUACACGUUCCUUUAUUGUCUCCAUUGCUGUCUAAACGUCAGGUCGCGACCCCGCUUCGUGUGUGUUUGGCCGGAGUGGAUUUGACCCCCGAGGGCCACGACUGGCUCACCGAGACACUGAAGACAGACGAGACAGUGUGGUUACGACUCAUCAGCCGACAAGACGAGAGCCUCCACUGCCUGGUGUCACUCAGUGGGCGUCUUCUGUUUAACCUGUGUGUAAACGAGGAGAUCCUGCGCCUGGGGCUGGGCAGGACGGCGCCUCUCCACGGCCUCGACCCUCGCUCUCGUCUUUACUGGAGAAUUCACACACGGCUGCUAAAGUGUGAGCUCAGGGCCGAGAGGAAGGGCCAGGGCCUCUGGAAACAGGAGAGUCUGAGAGAAAAGCUCACACAAGUUAUCAGAAAUAACUCCAUCAUCGCAGCCGUGUGGAGAAUCGUACAGUGGGUGUCGAGGACGAAGGACCGGUGAAGACGUGACUGUCACGGACUGCUGACAUACUCAGAUUCACCCAUUUAACAACUAAAGACAAAUCUAAUUUCUCUGUUCAUUAAAGUGUGUCUGGAUUGUG